CAACGGUGAGGUCGUCUCCUGUAAAUAAUAAAUGUAGACUAUGUAAGCUGCGUUAUAGCGUAUUGUUUCGUUUUUCCCCCUAAUGUGGAACAAAUAUUUAAAUGCUUCUUGUUCAUUUCAGUAGUGGCAGCCCUCUGACCGUAGAAUUAGCUGUCGCCACGGCUAACGUUAGCCUGACACUCAGCUGUUUUGAACGCUAGCGAUAGCUAGCUAGCGGCUGAGCUAACACAGGUUACAACAGGGAGAAUUUAUCAUGCCUUUAAAAGCCGCUUUUUAACUGUGAUGAGCGCAUGAGAUGAUCUGUCAGUCACCAGUAGCCUCUGAGUGACCUGCCGCGUCUCGAAGACCAUCAGUCAAGCUUGUCUUGGCGCUUGGCCUCCAGUCUGCCAUGCAGCUAUGAGCUCUGCCCUGUGGAGCGGGGACAAGGCUAGCGGGGGCUUCAGGGAGGACUGGCGCUUCUACAUGGUUGUGAAGGAAUGCUCUGUGGAGAAGCCUACCCAAAAGACCCUGAGGAUUCCCCGUGGUAGCCUCGGCCAGGCCUGCCAGGAGCGCAACAGCCUGGGCCGAACGCUUCCCCCAUGCAAGGGCAAGAAGAGCCUCCGUAUCCUGGACCAGACCAACGUGGUGCUGAGCCUAGAUGAGCGGGACGUGGUGGAGCUGGACGAGAAGCUGGCUGAGCUGCUUUUCCCCAUCACCAACUGUGAGGAGCGAUACAACUUGCUCUCUGACGAGGAACGGCUCGAACGCGUCCGAGACAUCGACUGUGGCUCCAAGGUGCGCGUCCAGCUGCGCUCGGGGGAUGAACCUCUACCUGGAGUGGUGCGUUUCAAAGGCUCGCUGCUUCCCGACCGAGCCCUCUCCGGAAUCUGGUUUGGAGUCGAGCUCCUGGAGGAGGGUCGGGGCCAGGGCUUCACGGAGGGCUCCUACCAGGGCCGGCAGCUCUUCCGUUGUGAGGAAGAGUGUGGCGUGUUUGUUGCCUUGGAUAAGCUGGAACUCUGGGAGGACGAUGAUAAUGAAAGUUUGGGCCAGCUAGAGGUGAAUCAGAUCAGACUGGAGGACGACCAGGACUAUCCUCCGCUGGAGAUCAACUCCAGGGUGGUGCUGAGAGAGGAGCCGGAGAGAGGAACCGUCAUCUUUUGUGACCUGCUACCAGGGAAUGAGAGCCAUGGUUACUAUGUGGGAGUGGACAUGGACAAUCCUAUAGGGAACUGGGAUGGUAUGAUUGAAGGGAAGCUGGUGUGUAAUUUUGCCAGUUUGGAGCACACUCGACUCGUCCACAUCAGUGACGUAAUGCCAGAAUAUCCCAUGCAGAACCAAAGGCUGCCAAUGCACAGUUUUGCCCCCAGAGGCAGUGACAAAUCCUCCUCUGGCCAAAGCAAACCAAAGAGCAAAGGAUUAGCUCAUCAGUGUGGCAGUAGGAGCAAGUCUGAGUUUUACUAUACUUUAAAUGGCAGCUCUCUUGACCCCCCAGCUCAGCCCAAAUCCAAAAGCACAUGGUACAUUGAUGAAGUAGGAGAAGACCCCGCCAAGUCACUCACCGACACCCCACCUGAAUUCAACCAGUCUCCUCCACCAUCCAGAGCCCCACCCGCAACUUCACUGUCAAGUGACAACAAGUUCCACUCGCUGCCCUUUAGCCUGAACCGUAAGACCCCUGAGAAUAUAAGCCAAGGGCCCAUCUCACUUUCUGUUGGGUCUGUAAUGGGAGAGCAGCUCGAGCCUCCAUCGCCUGCUAACCCUCCGUCUCCUCGGCCUCCGACGCCUCCCCGAGGGCAGUCAGGUCUUGAGGUGGGCUCACUGGUGGAGGUGAAGGAGAACCCCCCUCUAUGUGGUGUUAUCCGCUGGGUGGGCCUGCCUCCUGGCCUGCUGGAGCCUUUGGCUGGACUGGAGCUGGAAGAAGAGUGCCCUGGAUGCACUGAUGGCACCUUCAAAGGGACUCGCUACUUCACCUGCCCACCCAAAAAAGCUCUGUUUGUGAAGCUCAAAUGUUGUCGGCCUGACUCCCGCUUCCCCUCCCUGCACCAUUCCUCCAACCCCAUAGAGCGGUGCAACUCUAUUGCAUUUGGAGGUUAUCUGAGUGAGGUAGUGCAUGAGAACACUCCACCUCGGACAGAGAACGAUGGUCUGGAUGUUAUGGUGGGGAAAAAGAAAGGCAUUCAAGGCCACUACAACUCCUGCUACCUGGAUUCAACUCUAUUCUGUCUUUUCUCCUUCAGCUCUGUACUGGACACGGUUCUGCUGAGGCCACGUUCAAAAACUGACGUGGAAUAUUACAGAGAGACUCAGGAGCUGCUACGCACAGAGAUAGUCAAUCCACUGCGCAUACAUGGGUACGUUUGUGCCACGAAAGUGAUGAAGCUCAGGAGGAUCCUCGAGAAAGUAGAAGCUGCCUCAGGAUUUACGUCUGAAGAAAAAGAUCCUGAGGAGUUCCUUAAUAUCCUGUUUCAUCACAUAUUAAGAGUGGAUCCACUCCUGAAGCUAAGGUCUGCAGGUCAGAAAGUCCAGGACUGUUACUUUUACCAAAUCUUUAUGGACAAGAAGGACAAGGUCGGAGUUCCAACCAUCCAGCAGCUUCUGGAGUGGUCCUUCAUAAACAGUGACUUAAAAUUUGCAGAGGCUCCGUCUUGCCUUAUCAUCCAGAUGCCACGCUUCGGCAAGGACUUCAAAAUGUUCAACAAGAUUUUUCCCUCCUUGGAGUUAGACAUCACAGACCUUCUUGAAGACACUCCGAGGGAAUGUCGCAUCUGUGGAGGCCUGGCUCUCUACGAAUGCAGAGACUGUUAUGAGGACGGGGAUAUCACUGCUGGCAAGAUUAAGCAGUUCUGUGAAAAGUGCAAUACACAGGUUCACCUCCACCCGAGAAGAAAAGCCCAUCGACACAACAAACUAUCCGUCCCCAAGGAGCUGCAGGAAGGCACGGGGCGUCAGGGCGGUUUCCCCCGCCAGCGGAUGGAGCUGUUUGCUGUGCUGUGCAUCGAAACCAGUCACUACGUGGCCUUCGUCAAGUACGGCAGCGCCGAUUCUGCCUGGCUUUUCUUCGACAGCAUGGCGGACCGUGAUGGGGGCCAGAAUGGUUUCAACAUACCGCAGGUGUCUCCCUGUCCCGAAGUGGAAGCCUAUCUGAAAAUGACCCCAGAGGAGCUGCACACCUUGGACCCCAAGAGCAUCCAGGGCCAGGCGCGACGUCUGCUCUGCGACGCCUAUAUGUGCAUGUAUCAGAGCUCGACCAUGAGCCUUUACAAGUAGAUUCCUCUGUCUAAAGCCUACGCCUUUCAUCCUCUGCCACUCCAUCUCCACUUCUUCAGCCUGGAGGUUCAGAGAAAGACCUGAACUCAUAGCAGAGAAGUUGUCUCCCAGCAGAAUGGGGUGCCGGGGCGUGCUGCAGUAUCUGGAGCUAUCCUCUCCCUCAAAGCCGGCUCAUUUCGGGAAGUUAGGGAGAUGGACAAGAGAAGAGAGAAGCCUAUUUGCACUGUGCAUUAGUUUAAAGUAUUGUGUUCUUUAUGUAGUCCUAUGUAGCUUUCAUGUGUCUCACAGCUGCACGUCGGCAGUGGUUAAUGAAGCCAAAGUAGGUAUUAUGAGGAUCCACUCCCUGUUUAGGGAGGAUGGGCGGCAGAGCGUGUUGCGUCGUAGUGGCUGACUAAACAUGUGCAGCGAAAACAAAUGGAGCCUGUGGGAGGACCUUGCUCACCUCAUUUACCUUAAGAAAAGAGGAGUCCUGCUAUUCUAAAUCACUGUAAAACAUGGGAGCAUCCAUAUCACACAUUAAGGAAGCAACACGAUGUAGAAUACCUUUCACCCAGCCUAUAUGUGCUGUAUUGAAACCUUGUGCAAAAUCUCUUAGUAGCAUAGAUUUCUCCGGGUAGUAACAGUAUAGUUGUCAACUGGGUGUGCAGUCGCAUUAUGCCCAUGCUCUUCUGCUCUAUAUGACCUGGCGUCCAUUUUUCCAUAACCUCUGUAGAAACGUCCUUCACUGUAUGAUUUGCAGGAUAAAUGCAGCCUUAGUGAAAGUAUCGUGCUUUGCCACAGACGUCGGCACCUUUCCACCAUCUCCAAGUGGACCUAUCAGGAAACGUUUAAGUUUUUCUUUCUUCCACUCGCCCCCGUUUGAAGUCACACUGAGUGCUAAUUUGUUGGCUGGGGGACAUCAGAGUUUUGUUACAGAAUACAGAUUCGCUCCUCUGCUGUAGCUCUAAAGAAUGGCCUGCAUCGCUAAUGCAGAGUAGGUGGCAGAUAAAUGCAUGAAAGGAGGCUUGUACAAUGGCUUCUAUUGUAACGCUGCUCGGUGGAGCGCUCUGUGCAUUCACAGGGUCAAUGAGGUGAAAAACUGGAGAAGUCUGGCUGUUUUUUCCUCGAGUCGAGCGUGUGUGGUGUGAAGAAAUGCCGCGUCUGGCUCUUUGUGUUAACGAGGAAGUCUGAAUUAUGUUUUAUGUUUACAAAGCCUCUCUUCCCCUCCCCCUGCCUGUCCUGACAGGUCUGAUUUCCAGCUGAAGCAAAGUAUUGACUCUUACUGCCUUUAAUGAAGGUGUGACCUGUGAGAUUUCCAGCCUGACCCUAGAUAACAGAACAGAUCUGAUCAAAUAUAAUUUAUUUAAACUCUAAUUAUAACAAAGUCUGAAAAAAAAGAAAGAAACAGGGUUGAUGACGUUGGGUACUCUCUGUCCACUUUCACUGUAUAUUUAAGUGAGUGUUUGUACUUUAUGUUGUCUUAUAGCAACUACUGAUUUUUAACGGGGACUCAAUUAUCAGUUAACAAGGGAUGGGAAAAGAAAAAGGCACAAUGGGUGUAACCAUGGGACACCAUAUAUCUGUGUAUUUAAAGAGGACAUUUUAUUAAAGAAUUAAAACUGACCCACAUGGCUUCGAUUAUGUUCCACUUUUACAGAAAAUGAAUUUCUAAGGUGGUUAACUGGUUUCACAUCCCACAGAAUUCAGGAAAAAAAAAAAAAAUUUCAAACUGCAGACAGCAUUAGACAAAUGCAGCUCAAACCAGAUGUUUACAUAUUUGGAUUAUUUUCAAUGCCAUGAGCAUAAAUGUGGCCAAACUUUUCCUGGUUUAGGUCAGUUUGGAUUACCAGCUGUAUUUCUAUGUGCUAAAUGCCAAAAUAAUUAUCUUUUUUUUAAUUGCUGCUUCUUCCUAGCUGAGUGGAGUUUCAGCCCAUUCUGGCAGCAGGAUUCAUGCUUCAGGUGGUUUUCUCCAAAAAGCCUUUUGUUCUUUGAUUGAUGCACAGAUUUCACCCGAAAACACUUUCUUCUCUGGGACACAGAACUGAGCAGUAUGAGGACAUUCCCAUAGAUGGGUACGAUUUCCAGAUGCCUGAAGUUGACAUAUUCAUCAGUGCAAAUUAGGACUAAAACAACUGAAAUUAUCUCUCAUUUAGUAAUCAUUAACUGGAUUAUUGAGACAAGAAAAAUUGCUAUUAGCUGAGAUAGCAAAAGAUUUUGAGAAGUAAUUAUCCAAAAAAUUGUAAAAAAAAAAAAAUAUAUAUUAACAUUUUAUUUGGAAGAUGAAAAACCCCUUUUCUCCAUUUAUACUGUACAAUGUUUUUAUAAAUUAUUAUAGCUAAGGACGGCAACCACAAAACAGGCUGAAAUCGAAGACAACUGGACUUUUGCUCAAAUAUUCCGGUUAAGUUUCCACAUGAUCCAGGAGUCCUUGUCAAGUCGUAAAGCUGUGACUAAAGAAAAGGAUGAAUUAAUCAGGGUCUACAGUUUUCUUCCUCUCUUGGUUGAAGUCAUACAAUAAAUGUUAUGUUCGAGGUGUUGCUUUAAGAUACUUCAUCAGGUGUGCCUUGCAAAGCCAUCACAUAAUCGUCUGAGCUUUUCCAAAUAAUUUUAUUAUAGACUUGUAGACAUUUUAAUGGUUAUAAAGUUCAUUUUAAACAAAGUCUUCACAAAUAUCUUAUUAUUUUGGCUUUUAGCAAAUAAUAAUGAUCUGAGUUAUCCUGACCUAAAAAAGGAAAAAUUAAUUUAUUUCACUGUUUUGUCUUUUUUUUUUAACUGUAUGUAAAUAUUUGCCUUCAGCUGUAGGUGUUACCUUGAUCCAUUCAUGUCACAGAUUUUGGCUGUGAGAAUAAAGUCAAAGGGAAGCUUUAAAAUGAAACCUUUUUGGCUUUGUAGUCACGCUCAAUGUCACAGGGAAUCUAACAGAGGAACUUCUUGU